AUAACAUAAUUGUUCGGAAUUACGCUGAUUUGGCCCCUUCUGACCACCCAACACAAACCCUCACCCCUUUCUCUCUCUCUGCUCUCUCUCUCUCUCUCUCUCUGCAACAGUCUGUUGUUGUUCAUAGCUUUGUAUUCGAACCCUAAAUCUCUCUCUCUCUUCGGCAUUCAAAUCCACAUUAACUUCACUUCUCUCUUGUUUGCUCUUAUCGAUCUUGUUCUUAUUCAAUGGCCAAAAGCAAGCUCGAUCUCCCUGACGAUCUCCUUUCUUCCAAAGGUAAUUAUGAUGACAAGUCAUUCUUGGUGUCGAUUGACGAUUCAAAAGAUCAAGCAGCGGUGGACAGUAACAUUCCUUUGUCUCCCCAGUGGCUUUAUGUGAAACCAAGUGACUCUAAGAUGGAAAUGCGUGCACCAAGUUCUCUCUCACUUGGAAGUUCUGCUGAUUCAAAUCAGAAGGACGCUUGGCGUUCAGAUGUGCCUGAUGAAAAAAAAGAUUGGAGAAGACCCACAGCAGAGACGGAGAGUGGUCGCCGAUGGCGUGAAGAGGAGAGGGAAACUGGCUUGCUUGGUAGAAGAGAUCGUAGGAAACCAGAUCGCCGUGCUGAAAAUGCUCCUGCCAAAGAAACCACAGACGCUAGAGCUUUGCCUGCUUCUGACAGAUGGCACGAUGUUAAUAAUCGCAAUUUGGGGCAUGACACAAGACGUGAUACCAAGUGGUCCUCUAGGUGGGGUCCUGAAGACAAAGAAAAGGAAGCACGGAGUGAGAAGAGGAUAGAUGUAGAUAAGGACGAAGUUCAUAAUGAGGUUCAAACAUUUGGUGCUAACCGUACUGUGUCCGAGCGGGAGUCAGAUACUCGAGAUAAGUGGAGACCACGGCAUAGAUUGGAGGGUAGCUCUGGUGCUCCUGGUUCCUAUCGUGCUGCUCCAGGAUUUGGAGGGGAGAAAGGAAGAGUCGAGGGGUCAAAUGUGGGAUUUACCAUGGGGCGUGGGAGAUCUAGUGUGGCCAUUUUAAAACCUUCUGGGUGUGCAAUUGGGGCUGCACAAUUUGACAAUUCUGUCCCUGGAAAACCAAGCAUCUCAACUCACACAUAUUGUUAUCCGCGGGGGAAGAUUUUGGAUAUAUACCGCAGGCAAAAGCUGGAGCAAUCUUUUUGUAGCUUGCCUGUAAAUAUGGAAGAAGCACCCCCUAUCACUCAACUAAGUAUCACUGAACCAUUAGCUUUUGUUGUUCCUGAUUCUGAGGAGGAGGCCAUCCUUAAUGAUAUAUGGCAAGGUAAAAUUACUAGUAGUGGUGUGAUGUACAAUUCUUACAGAAAGGGCCGAUCAACGGAUAAUGUUACAGAAAUAGGGGAUGGCGAGUUUGCCGAUGGAAAACAGGGCAUUCUCUCUGCAGACAUCAUUGAGGAGACAGGGGAUAGGUUUCCAAAAACGUUAAAAGAUGUUGAAGAGGCAAACGUCAAUAGCCUUUUCUGUGGAAAUGAUGUCAAUGUCAUAUUGGGUGAAGGGGAUGCAAAUCAUGAAGUACAAAAAGAGAAAGUUUUUGAAGAUAUUGCUAGGGAUGACACUUUGUUGACCAAUAAAAGAGCUGACAACAUAGGCAGCUUGACAGAUAGAAGUAGUUCUCAACUUGAUCAUUCUGAAAUCAAGUUACCUGAUUAUGCAGCAACUAGGCACCCUCUCUUUGAGAGCAUUGAACAGAAUGUUGCUUUUGAUGUCAGUGCAAAGCUUCCCGAUAAUUCAAAUUCUAUAUAUAUCAUGCCCUCUGAUAUCAACAACUCAAGACACAGUGGUAUUGAAAACCAAAUAGAGAGGGAUAUCCCACCUGAGGAAUUGAGUUUGUAUUAUUGUGAUCCUCAGGGAGAAAUUCAGGGACCAUUUCUUGGAGUUGACAUCAUAUCAUGGUUUGAGCAAGGAUUUUUUGGAACUGACUUACUGGUUCGCGUGGAAGGUGCUCCUGAGGAUUCACCUUUCUACGAAUUGGGUGAUGUAAUGCCGCAUUUAAAAUUUGGACAUAUGUAUGCCAGUAAUACGGAUCUCCCUAAGGUUGAUCAACCUGCUGUAUUAGAGGGGAAGCUGGAGUCUGGUUUACGCAGUUCUGUUAGUGAGCUUGUUUCUUCAGCUCCCCUUGAUGGAUUAAGCUGGCCAUCAUCUGAUUUUGAUGGUCUUGCUGCACAGCGUUUUCAGUCAAAAGUACCUGAUCUGUCAUAUUCUCAAAGUGAAGACUUUAAUGAAUUCGCUGGUCAAAAUGAAGAAACUUUGUUUCCAGGUAGACCCGGAAGUAGAGGCAAUCCUAUUGGAAAAACUUUGAGGGGCCCCACUGAUCUUUCGAAUACCAAUCAUCCCAUUCCUAAUGAAUUAAUGGAGCCCGGGGCUCCGAGUCAGAAAGAUAAAAUGCACCCACUUGGUUUGUUAUGGUCCGAGCUCGAAGGCACUUCAAGAAGGAAUGAUCAAAUUCCCAAUGUUCCUUUUAGCGGAGGUGGUCAGGAUCAAAUUCUAAACCCUGUAGCUGCAAGGGUUGCCCCUUUUGGUUCAAGGACCGAGUCAACCUCUACUGCAGAAAUGUGGGAUGCUUAUAGAAGAAAUGCUCCUUCUGACCCGAACUUAUAUCAAGAUGCCAUGGAUGCUCACCGCUUGUCGCACAUGGACCGGGAACCAAAUCAUUUUGAAUUGGCAGAAAAGCUGUUCUCUCAGCAACUUCAACAACAUCCACAUAGUUUACUGUCUGCUCAUAACAGCCACUUGAAUGAAGCAAUGCUGGAAAGAGGGGCAAGCCAUAAUUCAGUACACCACCCACAGGUUGCCAGUCAAAUUGAGCAGGAUUUGGAACGCGUUAUGGCCCUUCAGCUGCAGCACCAGAGACAGCUGCAGCUUCAACAACAUCAGCAAAUGCAGCAACAGCAACAGUUCCAUCAACAGCAGAUGCUACUGAAAGAACAGCAACAGUCUCAUGCUAGACAGUUGCUUCUUGAACAAUUGUUGCAGAGUCAAAUGUCUGAUACUAACCGUGCACAGUCACGUCUUGAUGCUACAAGGCCUAACAAUGCCCUGGAACAGGUUUUGAUGAAGCAGCAAAUUCUAACUGAACUACAACGCUCUCACCUUCAUCCAAGACAUACUGAACCAUCAAUUGAGCAUCUCAUUCAGGCUAAACUUGGUCAAAUGCCACAUCAAGGGCAUCAAAAUGAUUUAAUGGAGCUCCUAUCACGAGCAAAACAUGGACAGAUGCACCCUUUGGCUCAUCAAAUUCUUCAGCAAGAACAAUUGUAUAGCAGGCAGUUGCCUGUUGGAUUAAGGCAACAAUUGGAAAUGGAGGAAGACAGGCAUUCUGGUUCUGUAUGGCCUGUAGAUGAAGCUGGUCAGUUUCUCCGAAUCCCAACCGAUGCUCAUCGAUCCAACUCUGGAUUUGGACCAUUAGAUUUUUACCAACAGCAACAGGUACCAUCUUCCGAAGAACAUUUAAGUCACCUUGAAAGGAAUUUGUCCGUACAAGAUAGAUUCGCACAUGGUCUCUAUGACUCUGGAUUAUUGCCGUUUGAACGAUCAAUGUCAUUACCAGUUGGUGGUCCUGGACUAAAAAUGGAUGUUGCAAAUCCACUUGUGCAGCAACAAAGUUUAGAAAUGCAAGAUCUGAAUUCAAGAAUGCAUUCAGGUGCUCAGAUGGCUGGGUUCUCAAAUGAUGUCUACUCGCAAUCUCCUCACCAGCAUUUGGUUCCGAACCAGUUUCAUGCUUUGCAUCCAGAUACCAUUGAAAAACAUUGGUCUAAAAGCAACGGUCAGGUACCUAUGGAUUGGAUGGAAUCCGGAAUGAAGCAACUGAAUCUCAAUAGUGAGAGGGAAAAAAAGGAUUUUGAUGUCAAACAGGUUUCUGAAGAUCCUAGUAUGUGGAUGUCAGCUGGUAUGAAUGAUGACAGUUCAAAGCGAUUGCUUUUGGAACUGCUUCAUCCUAAAUAUGGCCAGCAGUCAACUGAGCAAGCAGAAAUGCCCAAUGGAAUUUCACAUGAGAUACCUUCUGGUCAUGUUCUUGGGACAAAUUCAGCAAACCGCUCAAUUAAUCCCCUAUUGAAUCAGGAUAUGAGUCAAAGCCAAACCUUCUCUGUAGGGUCGUUCGGUUCUACUUCAGGUCUGCUACCACAGAGAGAUCUUGUGGAUGAGAGGUCCCGUGUUCUUGCUGGGGGGGAAAGAUUGCCCCACAAAUUUCAUUCUGGAGCGUUGGCUGAAGCUAAUCCUCUCUUUUCCAGCAUCAGUGACGCCUCCCAGAGGCACACAGAGGCUCGAGAAAACGCUGUCGAGCAAGCUGGUCUGACGGCUAUAACAGGGGACAUCCCAGUAAACAUUCUCCGUAGGCCUACUUCACUUGGGACUGGAGGUGGUAAUGUUGGCUUGUAUGAUAACAAGAUUGGUACAGGUGACUCUUUGCCAGAGGAACCUGCUAAGGAACGGGUGUCUGCAAUGACAUCAAAAAGGCCAGAAAACAUUUUGCUGAAGCGUCCACCUGUCUCUCGAGUAUCAUCUAACCUGGAAGGGUUUUCUGAAUUGACUUCUGAUUCACUUGUUAGAGGGAAAAAUCCUUCGAAUGCCAUGGUUUCUGAAGGGGGGAAAGUAGAAGUUGGAGGUAACACAGCAAAUCAAGCCACUGACAUAGUGACACCUGGAAAGAAAGAUGUGCGCUUUCGGCGAACUGCCUCAUGUAGUGAUUCUGAUGUUUCAGAGACAUCAUUCAGUGACAUGGUUAAGAGUAGUGUGAAGAAGCCAACAGCCCAGGAGGCUCAUGCUUCAGAAUCAUCAGAUGGAACACAGGGUGCUCGUAGCGGCAGCAAGAAAAAAGGGAAGAAAGGAAGACAAAUCGAUCCAGCUCUUCUUGGAUUCAAGGUCACAAGCAAUCGCAUCAUGAUGGGUGAGAUACAGCGGAUAGAAGAUUAGUGGCUGUACAGUUGUAACUUAUUUGUUGUCCCAAUUAAUUCUCUUGCUGUACAGAUUUUUUAUGUCUCUGUAAUGUUCUCUCUCACCAUUCUUUAGUUUUUUUUUCUUCCCCUUUUUCACCAAUCUGCAUCCCAUUAGAGUAGGGGUGACUGGGAUGUAGCUUGUGUCAGAAAUGAUAACCAGUUGGUUGGGAUAAAGUAAGGUAGGAAAAAGCUUGUAUAGAUUUUAUCUUUACAGAUCAAAUGUAACAUAAUGUGUCCUAAAUCCUAAUUAGUGUAUAUUGUUUCCAGCCUGAUUUAGUUU